AUGGCGGAAGUUUGUGUUGAAGAAGUGUAUCCCUCGGUCGAAGAACUCACAAAUAUUGUAACAGGAAUACCGUGUCAUGUUCAAGGUUGCUCUAAAAUAUUAUUCAACACAGCAGCUUUACGAAUGCACGUGAUCAAAACGCACAACAUUGCCUCAAAUGACGAGGACAGGACUGUUUUUACUCGGAACUCGUCGACAUCAGGUGCGGGCUGCAGUGCUGCAAGAAAAUGUACAAAGAAAAUAUUUUACUGUCCUGUGGCUGAUUGCCCYCGUGGUAAAACUAGUAAUAAACCAUUUCCUAGGCUUGGGCAAGUGAAACAGCAUUACAUGACAAUACAUGCAGAAAAGAAGUACACUUGCUCUAAGUGCAGUCGUGGGUUUGGAAUCGAGGCUGCAUGUAAUCGACAUGAGUUAAAAUGUGGUCAGAUGUUUCAUUGUACUUGUGGCUGCCCAUUUACAACUAGAGAAGCAUUAUCAAUGCAUGCACGUAGAAAAAAACAUGCAUUACCAACCAGACCAUUAGCAGAAGAAAACAAAARCACUAAUAAGAAAAGAAAAUCAUCAUGUACUGAUAAUUCAGCUCAUCCCAAGACAACCAUUAUUAUUAUACCUUCCAAAGAUUAUCUCCACCAGCCAUUAAACAAGGCACCAGUUACAGCUAAAAAGUACUGUACAAUUCUACCAAAACCUUCCAAAGUUGAUAGCACUACAAACACGCAGAAAGUGUUAUCUUAUGUGACCAAGAAAGAUGCAGAAACACAGACUAGUUUGUAUACCAUGCCGACAGUUGCUAACAUUCAGGUUGCAUCUACACAGACUUUGUUUGGUUUACAAACAAGCUGUAUUGGUAGUACUAUACUUGGUAAUAUUAACCAGUCAUCAGUAGGGACACAAAUGAAAACACCACCUGUUUCWAGUAUGAUGGAUUUUGGUAGUCAGGUUAUGUUAUCAGGAAUAUGUGAGCAAGUKCCUCAUUCAUCGUCCGUAGGAACACAACACGAUGGACAGAUUUACAUGGAKAGUUUAGGCAGUUCGACUUGCUUYAACUCACAAUCAUUAUUAACUAUACCAACUCCUUCAUAUCUGAACUCUUCUGAAACUCAAACACAGGACUUUGAGCAUGUUACAUUGGAAGACAAUGCAGCUCAGACACUUAUUUCAAUUUUGGAUAUGGAUCCAUCUUGUUCAACAGACUGUGGUACUCAAACACAGAAAAUGUUUGAUGAGAUCUUGAGUCAAWCAGAUGUUGAACUGACAGAAUCACAGACACAGACCUGGCUAAGCAGUCUUAUGCCACAAGACCCAAUACUAAUGGAUGGCAACUUCAAUAGCAGAACAACUCUAGAAGAUCUUGUAAACAUACAGACCCAAACAGUAAUAGAUGACAUACCAUUUGAUGUUGGACUUAUCAAUACAGAAACCCAAACAAUCCCAGAGUCCUUUGGUGAUAAUUGUUGGGGUUAUGAAACACAUAAUAGGCAGACACAAAUGACCCAGACUGGCAGAAUGUUUUUUCCAUUUGAUAGUAACAUUUCUUUGAUGGACACCUAUACACAGACACUUCUGGGUGACACGAUUGACACAUCUCUAUCGAAUGUCCAGACACAGACAUAAAAUCUUAAUCUUACAACAAAGGUUAGGAAUGUGUUGCCUGAAGCAAUAUUAUUGUUUCAAGUAAAAGUGUUGAGACAGAUCAUUCAAAAUACCAAACUUUAUUUCAAAAUCAACUCUGUUAUAACAGUCAAACACUGUAGAUUAUUUCAAAGUAUUACCAAAUAUUUUCACAUGAAAAUAAUAAGUAAUAGAGUGCAACCAUUAAAUUCAUGAAACUCUUUGCAAGAACUUAAAUAAAGGCAAACAAAUAAGGA